AUGGAUUCGAUGGUUUCUGUUAUAUCGCUUCCUGAGCAAAUUUCUCUCGAAGACGGUAGUCCUUUUCCUCUUGUUCUCGUACCGACAUCGGACCGUCUGAAAAGUUUGUCUGAUGUGGUCUCAUUUGUGGAACAACAUCGUGAUGAAUUACUUUCACGUCUUCUCCAUUGUGGUGCUAUUCUUUUUCGUGACUUUCCCAUUUCUAAUGCCCUUGAGUUCGAUACAUUUGCACGCACAUUCAACUGGAUACCGUUGCCUUAUGUUGGUGGUGCAGCACCGCGUCAACAAGUGACAGACAUCGUGUUUACUUCAAACGAAAGUCCACCAUCAGAACCUAUUCCAUUCCACCAUGAAAUGGCACAAGUACCGAAAUUUCCUAAACAUCUACUAUUCUUUUGUGAAUUACCGUCUAAAAGCGGUGGUCAAACACCCAUCGCUUACUCACCAAUGGUCUACAAUCGAAUAAAUAAUGCAUUGCCUGAUUUUGUACGAAAAUUAGAAGAAAAACAAAUACGAUACACCCGAAUAUUGCCCGAUGGUGACGAUCCACAGUCAGCCAUCGGACGAGGAUGGCAAUCGACCUAUCAAACAAAAGAUCGUGAGCAUGCUGAACAAGUUUGUCGAGAGCAAGGCACUGAUUGUGAAUGGCUUGAUGAUGGCUGUUUGAAAACCAUAACGAAAGUUUUGCCCGCUGUUAGAUUGGAUGAGCGAACUGGUAUCGAUGUUCAGUAUCUUUUGUGUUUACAUACUCUCUGUUUUUCUUCAGGUAAAAAAUCAUGGUUUAAUUCUAUUGUAGCAGCCUACAUGGGUUGGUCUGACAAACGUAAUGAUGGCAAAAAAGCUGUGACAUUUGCUGAUGGUGAAAUGAUGAAUGAGAAAGAUAUUCAUCAAUGUGCGACAAUACUCGAUGAAUCAAGUGUAAGCUUUACAUGGCAAAAAGGAGAUGUUUUACUUAUUGAUAAUCGACAAGUAUUACAUGCUCGAAAAUCAUUUGAACCACCGCGACGUAUUCUUGCCGCACUUUUUCAAUAA